AUGAUGCUAAUCUGGACACUUUCGCUGUUGCUGGGAGCAGUUGUAGGAAAAGAAAUCUGCUUCCAACGACUUGGCUGCUUCAGCGAUGACGCCCCAUGGGCAGGCAUUGUGGAAAGACCUCUCAAAAUGCUGCCCUGGAGUCCAAAAGAAGUCAACACCCGCUUUCUCCUCUACACUAACGAGAACCCAAAUAACUAUCAAGAAAUCUUUGCAGAUUCAGCAACCAUUGAGGCCUCCAAUUUCAAAACGGAUAGAAAAACCCGCUUUAUUAUUCACGGAUUCAUAGACAAGGGAGAAGAAAACUGGCUGGCCAACAUGUGCAAGAACCUGUUUCAGGUGGAAAGUGUGAACUGCAUCUGUAUAGACUGGAAAAAGGGCUCCCGAACUGGGUACACGCAGGCCUCACAGAACAUCCGGAUCGUGGGAGCAGAAGUGGCGUAUUUUAUUGAUAUCCUUCAGUCAGCAUUUGGGUACUCACCUUCUGAUGUCCACAUCAUUGGCCAUAGCCUGGGUUCCCAUGCUGCUGGAGAGGCGGGACGAAGGAUCAAUGGGACCAUUGGACGGAUCACAGGGUUGGACCCAGCUGAGCCUUGCUUUGAGGGAACACCUGAAUUAGUCCGAUUGGACCCCAGUGAUGCCCUGUUUGUGGAUGUAAUUCACACAGAUGCUGCCCCCAUAAUCCCCAACAUGGGGUUUGGAAUGAGCCAAACUGCGGGUCACCUAGAUUUCUUUCCAAAUGGAGGAAAAGACAUGCCUGGAUGUCAGAAGAACAUUCUCUCUCAGAUUGUUGACAUAGAUGGGAUCUGGGAAGGCUCUCGUGACUUCGUGGCCUGUAACCACUUACGGAGCUACAAGUAUUACUCUAACAGCAUCCUCAACCCGGACGGCUUUGCUGGGUUCCCCUGUGACUCUUACAGCGCCUUCACCAACAACAAAUGCUUCCCCUGCCCAAGUGAAGGCUGCCCACAGAUGGGUCAUUAUGCUGACAGAUUUCCUGGGAGAACAAAGGGAGAGGGCCAGACAUUUUAUCUAAACACUGGUGAUGCCGGCAAUUUUACCCGUUGGAGGUACAAAGUAACUGUUAUCCUGUCUGGAAGGAAGGUUAGAGGACAUGUGCUCGUUUCCUUGUUUGGAAGUAAAGGAAACUCUAAGCAGUAUGAAAUUUUCAAGGGCUCUCUCAAACCAGAAAGUAUUCAUUCCAAUGAAAUUGACUCAGAUGUGGAUGUUGGAGACUUGCAAAAGGUCAAGUUUGUUUGGUAUAACAGGGUGAUCAACCCAACUCUACCCAGAGUGGGAGCAUCCCAGAUCGCGGUGGAAAGAAAUGAUGGACAAGUGUUCAACUUCUGCAGUACUGAAACUGUGAGGGAAGACGUCCUACUCACUCUCACGCCAUGUUAGAAGCCUGCUGACAUGUGACCGAU